UGAUUUUUUGGACUCCGGCAGCUUUUCGCAUCUGGUGAUGUACGUGAAAAUUUCAGUUGAAAGUAAGCAGAAGUGAAGUAGACUUAUUCUGAGAGGUCCGCUUGUAGGUCGUCGCGAUGGAUGAGUAUGAAAGCAUUUUGCUCGUUAAAAACGAGGUUCUCGUGUACAACAUUCCACCGAGGCAAUCAACUGCUCGAGGUUACCGUGCUUCAGACUGGAAUCUUGCCGUCCCAGAUUGGACUGGAAGAAUGCGUCUGGUUGCAAAAAUGAAUGCCGCAGAUUGCGUGUUGAAGCUCGAAGAUAAGCUUUCUGGUGAGCUGUUCGCCAAAUGCCCAAUUGAUGCGUACCCAGGAUUGUCUGUGCAACCCGUGACGGAUUCUUCACGGUACUUCGUCAUUCACAUCAAAGACGAUUCUGGUCAAAAAGCGUACAUAGGCAUCGGAUUCGCAGAUAGAUCGGACAGUUUCGACCUCAAUGUAGCUCUGCAGGAUCAUUUCAAAUAUCUUAAGAAGUGUCAAGAUAGCGACAAUGCACCGGAGGAAGAUGUUCCUCAGCUUGAUCUGAAAUUCAAGGAAGGUCAGACCAUCAACAUCAAAAUGAACCUCGCCAACCCUAGUAAGUCGGAAAAGACCCGUGUGAAGGGAACCGGUGGCGGGAUCCUUCCACCUCCGCCAGGUGGAAUCAAACUUCCUCCUCCACCCGGUGGCGUGGGAUCUCCUUCUCAUAAGCCGACAAAUGAUCUCUUCGGUGAACUGGGAUCUUCAGGAAGCGCUUCAUCGAAUCCCUUUGCCGCUACAGGAGGUGACGACUGGGGAGAGUUUUCUGGAAUAUCUUCUUCCACGAGGACUUCAACCACUUCUGCUGCACCGGCAGCGAACACCAGCAGUUGGGUGCAAUUUUGA